AAGAGCCCGUCUCCAGGGGCUCUGAGCCACUAGCUUAGCGUCAGCGUGACUCUGCAUCCAGUCCCCCCUGGGCUCCCUCGCCGGCCCCAGCCCACUCAGCUGCGGCAGCAUCGCGGGCAGUGAGUUUGGGGGCCGGGGGGAACCCAGGGCUCCUAUGCAUCAACCCCAAGUCCCGUUCCCCUGGCGAUGAGGCUUUUGCUAGGGCACCUCGGCAGUCUGGGUUGGAGGGAAGAGGAGGGAAGGAUUGAAGAGUCCCCCCCACCCCACCCCACCAGCUAGAAGCGGGCUGGGAGGCGACAGGGAAUGCCUGGAAGGAGACUGGAUUGCCAAGAGGUUGGGGACGCUGGGUGAAUGUGGCUUGGAGCAAGUGAGGCUCAGUGGGGCCUCCUGGGUCGCAGGAGGUAACCUGGUGCCCGGCCGUCCCCAGCCCUGGGGAUCGGGGCGGGGGAGACCAUGGCCCGCCUCUUCAGCCCCCGGCCGCCCCCCAGCGAAGACCUCUUCUACGAGACCUACUACAGCCUGAGCCAGCAGUACCCGCUGCUGCUACUGCUGCUGGUGAUCGUGCUCUGCGCGCUCCUGGCGCUGCUCGCCGUCGCCUGGGCCACCGGCAGGGAGCUGGCCUCAGACCCCAGCUUCCUGACCACCGUGCUGUGCGCGCUGGGCGGCUUCUUGUUGCUGCUGGGCCUCGCUUCCCGCGAGCAGCGACUGCAGCGCUGGACGCGUCCCCUGUCCGGCCUGGUGUGGGCCGCGCUGCUCGCGCUGGGCCACGGCUUCCUGUUCACCGAGGGUGUGGUGAGCGCCUGGGACCAGGUGUCCUUUUUUCUCUUCGUCAUCUUCACCGUGUAUGCCAUGCUGCCCUUGGGCAUGCGGGACGCUGUGGUCGCGGGCCUGGCCUCGUCGCUCUCGCAUCUGCUGGUCCUUGGGCUGUACCUUGGACCUCAGCCGGACUCCCGGCCUGCACUGCUACCGCAGCUGGCAGCAAACGCGGUGCUGUUCCUGAGCGGGAACGCGGUGGGAGCGUACCACAAGGCGCUGAUGGAGCGCGCGCUGCGCGCCACCUUCCGGGAGGCGCUCAGCUCCCUGCACUCGCGCCGGCGCCUGGACACCGAGAAGAAGCACCAGGAACACCUACUCCUGUCCAUCCUUCCUGCGUACCUGGCCCGAGAGAUGAAGGCAGAGAUCAUGGCACGGCUGCAGGCGGGACAGGGGUCACGGCCAGAGAGCACCAACAAUUUCCACAGCCUCUACGUCAAGAGGCACCAGGGAGUCAGCGUGUUGUAUGCUGACAUCGUUGGCUUCACGCGGCUGGCCAGUGAGUGCUCCCCUAAGGAACUGGUGCUCAUGCUCAACGAGCUCUUUGGCAAGUUCGACCAGAUCGCCAAGGAGCACGAAUGCAUGCGGAUCAAGAUCCUGGGGGACUGUUACUACUGUGUCUCUGGGCUGCCGCUCUCGCUGCCGGACCACGCCAUCAACUGCGUGCGCAUGGGGCUGGACAUGUGCCGAGCCAUCAGGAAACUGCGUGCAGCCACUGGAGUGGACAUCAACAUGCGCGUGGGCGUGCACUCUGGCAGCGUGCUCUGCGGAGUCAUUGGGCUGCAGAAGUGGCAGUAUGAUGUAUGGUCCCACGACGUCACACUGGCCAACCACAUGGAGGCAGGUGGCGUACCAGGACGAGUGCACAUCACAGGGGCCACCCUGGCCCUGCUGGCAGGGGCUUAUGCUGUGGAGGAUGCAGGCACGGAACACCGGGACCCAUACCUUCGGGAACUAGGGGAGCCAACCUACCUGGUCAUCGAUCCCCGGGCCAAGGAGGAGGAUGAGAAGGGCACUGCAGGAGGGUUGCUGUCCUCUCUUGAGGGCCCCAAGCUGCGCCCAUCACUACUGAUGACCCGCUACCUGGAGUCCUGGGGUGCCGCCAAGCCUUUUGCCCACCUGAGCCAUGUAGACAGCCCUGUGAGCACCUCCACCCCUCUCCCGGAGAAGGCCCUGGCUUCCUUCGGCCCCCAGUGGAGCCUGGACCGGGCCCGCAGCCCCCGGGGACUGGACGAUGAGCUGGACACUGGGGAUGCCAAGUUCUUCCAGGUCAUCGAACAGCUCAACUCUCAGAAACAGUGGAAGCAGUCGAAGGACUUCAACCCGCUGACACUGUACUUCAGAGAGAAGGAGAUGGAGAAAGAGUAUCGACUGUCUGCACUUCCUGCCUUCAAAUACUAUGCAGCCUGCACCUUCCUGGUUUUUCUCUCCAACUUCAUCAUCCAGAUGCUGGUGACAAACAGAGCACCUGACGAGGUGUGUCCUGAAAGGCCCCAAGAUGCUGCACUGGCUGCCUGCACUGUCUGGCCUGGUGGCCACACGACCAGGAUUGCGAGUAGCCCUGGGCACUGCCACCAUCCUCCUCGUCUUUGCCAUGGCCAUUACCAGCCUGUUCUUCUUCCCAGCAUCGUUGGACUGCCCUUUCCGGACUCGCAAUGUGUCCUCCAUGACCUUCAACCUCUCCUGGGAGCUCCCGGGGUCCCUGCCUCUCAUCAGCGUCCCGUACUCCAUGCACUGCUGCGUGCUGGGCUUCCUCUCCUGCUCCCUCUUCCUGCACAUGAGCUUCGAACUGAAGCUGCUGCUGCUCCUGCUCUGGCUGGUGGCCUCCUGCUCCAUCUUCCUGCACUCCCACGCCUGGCUGUCCGACUGCCUCAUCGCCCGCCUCUAUCUGGGCCCCUUGGACUCCAGAAUGAGUAUUACUGCCGCCUGGACUUCCUGUGGAAGAAGAAGCUGAGGCAGGAGCGGGAGGAGACAGAGACAAUGGAGAACCUGACUCGGCUGCUCUUGGAGAACGUGCUCCCUGCACACGUGGCCCCCCAGUUCAUUGGCCAGAACCGGCGCAACGAGGACCUCUACCACCAGUCCUACGAGUGUGUUUGUGUCCUCUUCGCCUCGGUCCCAGAGUUCAAGGAGUUUUACUCUGAAUCUGACAUCAACCAUGAGGGGCUAGAGUGUUUGCGGCUGCUCAAUGAGAUCAUUGCUGAUUUUGAUGAGCUGCUCUCCAAGCCCAAGUUCAGUGGAGUGGAGAAGAUCAAAACCAUCUGCAGCACCUACAUGGCAGCCACAGGCUUAAAUGCCACCUCGGGACAGGAUGCACAACAGGACGCUGAGCGCAGCUGCAGCCACCUUGGCACCAUGGUGGAAUUUGCGGUGGCCCUGGGGUCUAAGCUGGACAUCAUCAACAAGCACUCCUUCAACAACUUCCGCCUGCGUGUGGGGUUGAACCACGGACCAGUAGUGGCCGGAGUGAUUGGGGCCCAGAAACCACAAUAUGACAUUUGGGGCAACACAGUGAAUGUGGCCAGCCGCAUGGAGAGUACAGGAGUCCUUGGCAAGAUCCAAGUGACUGAGGAGACAGCCUGGGCCCUGCAGUCCCUGGGCUACACCUGCUCCAGGCGGGGUGUCAUCAAGGUCAAAGGCAAAGGGCAGCUCUGCACCUACUUCCUGAACACAGACUUGACACGAACUGGACCUCCCUCAGCCACCCUAGGCUGAGACCCCCAACCCCUCCAAGAUCCUCAAUAAAGAGAUGUCAGAAGUUGCUGA